CCGCCGCGGCGCUGGGGGCCGGCGGGCGGGCACGGGGCGGCGACGGCGGUUCAGGGGCUGAGCCGGGCUGAGCCGAGCCGAGCGGGGCGAGGAGGGAGCCUCCAUGGCGCGGCGCGUCUCCCGGAGUGGUGGCAGCAACAGCAGCAGCGACGCGGUGCUGCUGUGACAGGAGCUUGGCAGCCGGGACCGGCUUUUCUCCUGCCCCUCUGCCCAGCCGGGGACCCACGCCGGCGUCCCGGGGGGCGCGGCGGCGCUCGGAGAGUGGAGCCGUGGCAGCGGCGGCAGCGACAGCGGCGGCCGGGGGCAGCCGGCGUAUCACCGCCUCUAUGAUGAAAUUCAAACCGAACCAGACGCGGACGUACGACCGGGAGGGCUACAAGAAGCGGGCGGCGUGCCUCUGCUUCCGCAGCGAGCGGGAGGACGAGGUGCUGUUGGUAAGCAGUAGCCGAUACCCAGAUCAGUGGAUUGUACCUGGAGGAGGAAUGGAACCAGAAGAAGAGCCAGGGGGAGCAGCCGUCAGAGAGGUGUAUGAAGAGGCUGGAGUAAAGGGAAAGCUAGGCAGACUGCUUGGGAUAUUUGAGCAGAACCAGGAUCGGAAGCAUAGGACGUAUGUUUAUGUUCUUACUGUGACGGAAAUACUGGAAGACUGGGAGGAUUCAGUUAAUAUAGGAAGGAAAAGAGAAUGGUUUAAAGUGGAAGAUGCAAUCAAGGUCCUUCAGUGUCACAAGCCUGUCCACGCAGAGUACUUGGAAAAACUGAAACUGAGCUGUUCACCCACUAAUGGAAACUCUGUCGUUCCCCCUCUUCCAGAUAAUAACUCCUUAUAUGUAACUUCUGCACAGACUUCUGGGUUGCCCUCUACUGUGAGAUAAACAUUUGGAUUACCUUUUCAUUCAUGUCAUCACAAGGGGACACAUCUGUGAUCACAUGUAGGCAUCUGUAUAACUGUCAAUUCUAAGUGAAAUAUGUGAAUGUGUCAUAACGUCGAAUUUAUUUGAACAUGUUUUUCCUUUCUAACAAUGUAAAAUAGAAUUUCAGCAAACCAAAGCCAUAUGUGGGUUUUUUUAAGAUGCCUUAGUAGGCCAUUUUUUUAAAAAAACACUUGAGUAUAUGAAUUUCCGUAUCUGCUAAAAUAAAAUCUGCAUCUCAGUGGUGUUCAGCUUAUUUAAGAGUUGUCAGUUUCAGUCAGUAGUUCUGCAAGAGUACUUGCUUAGCGAAAAGCUUGAGCAAAUGUCUUAUACUAAAACCCUUACUUGGUAUCCACAGGUGAAGAAGCUCUUAAGGUGGCACCAUUUGUGUAAAUGGGCAUGUUGAGGGCAGAGGUGUGUUCAGCGUGACUUCAAUAAAGCACUAAACCACAUUUGGCCGGUUGAGAACACAGGAUACCAACCCUAAGCACUGCUUUGCCUCAGUUAUCCAAAAGGUUGCCUUGUCCUAUGCACUCUUCAUCUUAAUGUACUACUAGAGCAAGAACAGUAACUUUGUCUUGCAACUACCAAAAAAAUCUGCCCUACAUUUGUUUCAUUAUUUGGUCAACUGAUGAACUGUCAGAAGACUUCAAUGAAAAGCAUUGCAGAUCCUCUUCCUCCACUUUUUUUCUCCUUUGAGCCUUUUGACGUGUGUGUUGUUUGUGGUGUAAUUACACUGCAGGUUCCAAAAACUUUUGUCUUUAUUGAGAACUAUCUUAUGGUAGUGUUCCUGCAGCCUGUUGUCAUCUAAAAAUAUGUAGAGGAAAGUCAGGCUUACCCAAGGGGCACCCUCACCUUACAGGGCUGUCUCAGCAAGCAUGUGUUGAGGUGUCUUGCCCAGCAGGACCCAGGUAAUGGUACCUCCUGGGCUUGGAGACAGCUGGGUUGAUGCUUAGACUGGUGGAGAAAUAGUAUUUUUCUUAUCAGAAGUUGUGCUGAAAGCUGCCAUUUUGAGUUAAUUAUUAAAUACUUCAGUUUUACUGUUUUAACAUCAGUUGCUUAAGCUUCUUGAAUUAAAAGCUGUCCUCUUGAUAAAACUAAGCUGGAAUAAAUGAGGUACAGCUUACAACUUUCCUGCUCUUAAUUAUUUUCUCUUUUUUCAGCCAAAAAGGUGAAAACUAAAUCUACUGUUGGUCUUAAUGUUUUUGCCAUUGGAAUAUUCCGUGUGUGUUUGUGUGUGUGUACAGUUUCUUCUACAAAAACACAAUCUAAUGCAUGAGAACAUCCCUAAAUCUGAUUUUUUUUUUUUCUAGAAUCUAAACCCAACUGUACCUCCUCUAUAGCCAGCCAAAACAGAGGUUAAGGUAGACCAUUACCUCACAUGUUGAAUUUAUUCUGGGUAAAGCUCAUUCUCUUACACAACAUUUAACUUUUGUAAAUAGUCUGACUAGUAAAUAGUGAGUGUAAAAUGGAAAAUAAAUGUAAUUUAAACCUUUUGUUACUCAAUACACAAAUGGUUAACUUCUACUUUUUUAACACAAAUUGUGUAAAAUGCUGCUAUAAAUUAAAACUUUUUUGUGCUGUUACACUUUUUUAGGAAAAGAUGUUGUUGCCACAAGUUACUCCUUAGAAAACCAAUCUUGUGCCAUAUGUAAAUGCAUUGAAACAAGGGAGACAGGUGAUCUGAUCUCUUAAUGCUGCUCUUUUUGAAGAGGCAUAAAUACUACUGACAGGACGCAUGAGCCACAAAGCUGAAGACUUCCAAAAGGUAGAGUGGGAUGUCACCACUUUCCAUCCCUGUAUCUCCUGUUCUGGGUCACAAGCAGAACUGGAAAGAACACCCAGUUCUGUUCAGGUGCACCUAAAGGUGGUGGAAGUAUUGCCAACAGUUUCUCCUUCCUUUCAUCCAUGGGACAGGGGGGAUGGUGGCUGAGGAGGGAGUGCUGGAAUUUCAGUAGUGCACCCUGAUCCAUGUGUACUUCAUACUUAACCUAAUCCAGAUGGUGACACCGUUUGCUCAAAUAACUUAUAUAAGCUGAAUGGUUUAUCAAAAGUGUUGUUUUGCCAGGUGAAACAGGGGAAGGUAGAGUUGAGCAUGUUGAAGAAUGUCUUCUAUUUCUCAAAAUCAUACAGUGUGCAAGGGUUCCUCUGGUUCUAAAGCUGCCAUUAAAAGAGUGAAUAAUUUAGCUCCCUUUUUUUGAUCACUUUGCUCACUUUUUUGUUCAGUAGUCAUUUUAACACUUGAGCAAACCUGUACAGGCUUUCUUGUAACAAGAUUCUAUAUAAUCUGUGAAAGCUAAAACAAGAAUACAGAGUUUGAGUUGUUCUUCGUAAAAAUGCUUCUGUCUCCAUUUCAGAUUCUUGGAAUGAAAGUAAUCCAAGCUUGUAUGAGACUUAGUGAUAAUGCAUGAUCUUGUUUUGUAACUCUUAAAUUAUGUAUUUGAUAAUAAUGUAAAAAUGUACAGUAUUGCUGUUGCUAACAAACUCAGAGUUGAUUGCCUAUAAAUAUUUUGAUUAUUUUUUGGUCACAUACAUUUGAGCUGUUCAGUAGUGCCAGACUUUUUUUUUUUUUUUUUUUAACAGCACUGGUUGUAUAAAUCUCUUCAGCCUCUAUGCAACCUUCAGAAUGGAGCUCUGUUGCUUAAUUCUUUUCAAAGAUAAGUGUUCUCUGUAUCGUAAAUUGAAAACACUUCAGUUAUGCUAUGGGAAACUGGCAAGGGCAUUUUAUCAGUCUUCAUGAAAUGUGACACUAAACUUCAAAGCAGAAAAGAUCUGUAAAAAUCAGAGUAGCAAGGCUAAAGUUUGGUUCCUUUCGUAUUACCCAUCAGUUUAAGUGUUACAGAAGCAUUUUGUUUCUACGUGCAUCUCUAUUUAGAUGGGCCAAACCUAUUUUAUGUAGAGCAGAUUUGGGAUAUCUCAUACUAAAAAUGCUGUACAAUGUACCCAGAUCUGGUUCCCCAGGAGAGAAAGGGAGCAGACAUGUUACCUGCACAGUUAGGAGGUUUUGGAGAGUUAGAUGAUCGUGGUAUAGAACAGAAAUAACCUUGAAGUUUAAAAUCCUGUGGCACCAGAAGUAAAGCAAAUGGAUGUUGCUUUUAAUACCUCAGAAAUAUGGAGGUAUUGCAGGGGGGCUGUUAAAGUGAAAAAUUUAUUUUGAUGCUUACUUCACCUGACUUCAGCCUAGCGCUGGUCUGUGAACAAUGUGCUGUUAAAAAAAAAAACAAAAAGCAAACAAAAGAACACCUACAAAAAAACCCAAACAAACCAGGAAAACCACACCACCCAGAAACUGAGAGGCGAACACUUGGUUUACUUACCAACAUGUUUGUGAAGUGAAAACUGAGAAGGGAAAGGGUUGGGGGGGGGGGAACAAAUUAAGUUGUAAACAUUUUGACCUGCUUGCAUGGAUUUUCUUUAAAGAUUGAUGUAAGAAUUUUGACUUUUUAUAUUUGAAAAAUAGCAGAAUAAAAUCUAAAUUAGU